GGGUGUAUGUGGAUGUAUGUGGAUAUAUGUGGAUGUGUGUGGAUGUAUGUGGAUGUAUGUGGAUGUAUGUGGAUAUCCUGCUGCUGCCAUAUCCUGUGCCAGCACCCCGGGGGGGGGGAUGAAGCACCGCCUGGGGAGGGGAUGGGGGUGGGGGGCACCCCUGCAGCACCGGCAGCGGCACCCUGGGCGUGGGGAGCCAUAGGUGGGGGGAUGCCCGUGGGCUCCUGCUGGGUGUUGCUGCCCCACGGCACCCCCACAGUGUGUGUGUGUGUGUCCCCAAACACAGCCGUGCGCAAUGACCGCAAUAAGAAGAAGAAGGAGGUGAAGGAGGAGGCGGCCGACAGCCCUGAGCUGAGCCCGGCGCUGGAGGAGCUGAUCCAGAAGGUCAGCAGGGCGCACCAGGAGACCUUCCCCUCACUGUGCCAGCUGGGCAAGUACACCAUGAGCUCGAGCGCCCAGCACCGCGUGCAGUUGGACCCGGGGCUUUGGGACAAAUUCAGCGAGUUGGCCACCAAAUGCAUCAUUAAAAUCGUGGAGUUCGCCAAACGCCUGCCGGGCUUCACCGCGCUCAGCAUCGCCGACCAGAUCACGCUGCUGAAAGCCGCCUGCCUGGACAUCCUGAUGCUGCGGAUCUGCACGCGCUACACCCCCGAGCAGGACACCAUGACCUUCUCAGAUGGGCUGACGCUGAACCGCACGCAGAUGCACAACGCCGGGUUCGGGCCGCUCACGGAUCUGGUGUUCGCCUUCGCCGGGCAGCUGCUGCCCCUGGAGAUGGACGACACCGAGACCGGGCUGCUGAGCGCCAUCUGCCUCAUCUGCGGGGGUGAGGGGGG